AUGUCUAUUGACUUUUCAUCCGUCUUCAGUUCGGAGCGGCUCAUCUACGAGCCCUUCGACAAUGCCGACGAGGACACCAAAAAGUUCCUCUACCACCAGAUGGCCAUGAAUCCGGAGAUCAAGGGCCUCGACAGCAUUCAGGCCUUCACCCCACUGUCCAAGACUAGCUACUACGAGUCACUGGGCCACUGGAAAAACAACUUGAUGAACGUCAUCUUCUGCCUAAAGCCCGACGGCUGGGACGAGCUCUCGCGCGACUACACCCGCGAGGAGCACGCUAAGGGUGGCCUGCGCGGCGUGCCUGUUGGCAUGAUGUGCCUUGCAGCGCUUCCUGCGUCGCUCGCGCACCACCGCCGUGCGGGUGUAGGCAUGUCGGUCAGCGCGGCGCAUCAGGGCCGCGGCUACGGCACCGAGGCGCUGCGGUGGAUCGCGGGCUGGACGUUUGACUACGGAAACAUGCACAGCCUCUUCCUGCAGACCAGCAGCCUGAACGAGAAGGCAAUUCACGUCUACAAAAAGGUUGGCUUCGUGGAGGAUGGCCGGGAGCGCGAAGCACUGUACCUGGCGGGAAGGUGGUUUGAUACUGUGCACAUGUCGAUCCUGGAGCAGGAUUGGAGAGCGAAUCAGGGAGGCGAGAAGAGUUAUUCGGAAGUUUGA